AACCAGGGGUGGCGGUAGAGAGCCGCAGUUCGUACAGCGCGCACCCUCCGCAGGAGGGGCUGAGAUGUUUCGACAUCACCGCACCCGGCGUGAACGACAGCGGCUAAAGCUACAUGGUGCUCGGACUCGGCAGCUAACGUUGGGGAUUUGAUAUUCACUCAUCUCACCGUUGAGUCACACUGCGCCACCAUGGCUCUUUACGAGUAUGUCACCCAGGAGCAGCUGGCGGGCUUCGACAAAUACAAGUACAGCGCAGUGGACUCAAAUCCCCUGUCCGUCUAUGUCAUGCACCCUUUCUGGAACUUUGUGGUGAAGUUUCUACCGACAUCGUUGGCUCCAAACCUAAUUACAUUCACAGGCUUUAUGUUUCUUGUGUUGAACUUCCUCAUGUUGUCCUUCUACGACUUUGACUUCACUGCCUCUGCUGCAGGACAUGAACACGUGCCUAGUUUGGUCUGGGUUGCUGCAGGGAUCUUCAACUUCUUGGCGUAUACACUCGAUGGUGUCGAUGGUAAACAGGCGCGACGCACCAACUCCUCCACACCACUAGGGGAGCUUUUUGAUCACGGCCUGGACAGCUGGGCCUGCAUCUACUUUGUGGCCACUGUAUACUCCAUAUUUGGGCGUGGUGAGAGCGGUGUGGGUGUGGCAACGCUGUAUUACAUCCUGUGGGUGGUGCUGUUCUCCUUCAUCCUGUCUCACUGGGAGAAAUACAACACAGGCAUCUUGUUUCUGCCCUGGGGAUACGACAUCAGCCAAGUGACGAUCUCCCUUGUUUACUUGGUCACCGCUGUGGUUGGUGUGGAAACAUGGUACCAGCCAAUCCUGUUCCAUUUCCUCUAUAGAGACCUUUUCACCUUCAUGAUCAUUGCUUGUUCCUUCACCGUGACCUUACCCAUGAGCCUCUACAAUGUCCUGAAGGCUUAUCGCAGUAACACUCUGAAGCACAGCAGCCUGUACGAAGCCUUCCUGCCCUUCCUCUCGCCUGUCCUCCUCUUCAUCUUGUCCACCAUUUGGGUGGUGUUUUCUCCAUCCAACAUCCUUGAGCUGCAGCCCAGGACCUUCUACCUCAUGGUGGGAACAGCAUUCGCCAAUGUCACGUGUAAGCUGAUUGUGUGUCAGAUGAGUAACACACGUUGCCAGGCGCUAAGUUGGCUGUUGCUGCCCAUGUCGUUGGUGGUGGCGUUAGCGGUCAGUGGAGUGGUCGCCAGCGAGACGCUACUGUUGUAUCUGUGGACAGCGGCUGUCAUACUUGCACACAUACACUACGGUGUAUCCGUGGUUCAACAGCUCAGCGACCACUUCAACAUCUUCGCCUUCUCCCUGAAGAAGCCGAACAGUGACUGACAGGAGGAGGAACGAAUUGGCUUGAAAGGAGCGGAGGUUUAAACUCCUCCCCUCCUCUACUCUACUGACACUUCACUCUCAUCACCACGGAAACCACAUCCCCUCCCCUCCAUCCAUGAGGACGCCGCAAGUGGAACGGACUAUGGCCCUAUUUUCCACUGUCUCCAAACACACAUUCCUGGCCAACCAACCAAACCCUGUCUCUGCGAUGGGGCGGGCCCAGGGGCUCUGGCUUCCGUCAUUGGUGAUUGGCUAACUUGGUUGAGCCAAUGAGGUGCAAUUGUUUCCUACGGAAAUGUGCUUCAGUCAUGAGGACAAGAGCCCUGACGAGCCAUGCAAACACACACACACACAAACAAACAAAAGUUAUUCUGCUUUCAUGCAGAUCAUUUUUAUCUUGUGGCAGGUAUUCCCAUACAAACACACACACAUAGUUAUACACUCACAUAGUAUUAUGAAUGUAUAAUAUGCCUUGGGAAAACGUCAUUUCAGUUUUUAGCAUUAACAGAAAGUAGUGCUAUUUCAAAACUGACCAAACCUCUGAACUCUGACCACAUGCGGCUCUCGCGUUCACAGCUGCGUCCAAAGUUUAAAGGUUCAGUCACCAGUUUUUCAUGGGAUGAUUUUAAGUUGGAAAUCUCUGUGAUAUAUGUUAAUAACUAUAUGUAUAUAUAUAUAUAUACACACACAUAUAUAUAUACAUAUAUAUAUAUACUGUAUGUGCGAUGGGUUCGGGGCAUUUUAAUUUCAAUAAUUGGUCCUAUAAAACAAAGAAUUAACGUCAAAUUAAUUCCACUUUCUAUUGAACAACCAGGGUUAAGACUCUACUAAUCUUUGACCUCUGUCUGAGCACUGGCCUCCUCGCUCCCCCUACCUUCUGAGGUGUCACGGUUUCAUGCUAAUUCGUUCGGUUUCUUUUUUCUUAACAUACAUUUAUGGUAUGGUAUUAUUUGUUAGUCUGUUGCCAUGGCAGUGGUGUGUGGUUUAGUGGCGCAGCGUUUGAAUGAAGAGUGUGUCCAAAAACCAGAAACGGAGCGGACUCACUCUGAGGGAACAAACCGUUGCACAGGACACCGCAAACACCACACAACUCUGCCUGGUGUCACACUCUACUACUCACACACUGUUACCACACCUUUUAUACUGUCUGUCAGGUAACUUGUGUGUUUCUUUCAGUCUGUUAAACACUGUUCCUCUGUGUGACUGUCUCCAUGGUGAAGAUGGAUAUUCAGUAGCUGCAGACUGGACAUUGCUUCUCAUCCAGCUGGGUUUCACUUUUUUACAACAUAGACAUUUUGUCAGUGUGACUGUAGUUUGGAUGAAAUAAUUUAUUUUGUGUUAUCUGACACAUCCCUUUUAGCAUUGUUUCAAAGUCAGCACUCAAUCUGUCUGUUAAAGAAGUUAAACAGAAAAGCUACACUCAAGGGUACAGUUCAAGCUUGGCCCGAUCGAAGCCUAAGUGAUCGAGGCCCAAGGCUAAGGAAUUCUAUGAGUCUUAUUAUUUUCAAACCUUUACUCUCAACCAGAAUGGGAAAAGACUGGUGGAGCUCUGGUUCACAUAUCACACCUCAAUUUCACCCGACGAAAACCAGGUGGAACUGAUGUGCGACAGUUUGUAUGAAGGAAACUGUUGUGAAAGCCUUACAAGGCAAGUCCAAUCUGGAGCUCUGUGUCAGUCUGACUGAACAUGAAGCCUGAAUGUGAAUGUUCAGUCGAGGUAAUUAUGGGCUUGCUUACCGAUUAAAUGGUGCAUAGGAAAUAUCACUCGGGCAAAAUGUAAAAAUAUACUUGUAACUUGGACUUGAUUAGAUUUGCUUAUGCUUUUCUUUCACUUGUUUUAGUGCAUAAACUGUGAGCAACAGUGAACAUGGAGGAGGCCCACCCUGUAGUGUCACUGCAGUCUUGUCAGGGAGCAAAAACAUCCAACUCUACUGCCAUAACACCCAGCGAAGCAGCCAUGUUAGUUUCCCGUAGCUCUGCCCUGUGGCUGUAUGCAGUCAAGCACAUUGUAAUAGUUGACAUUUUGAUUUCACAAGUCCUUUUUAAUAAAGCCCCACGUCUGUGACUGUAGUGACUUGAGAACAACUGAUUGUGAGAUGCACUGUCUGGGUAUGUGCUGAUCCAAGUAUGUAUGGGUGUGUACUCUGUAUGUGUGAAUAUCUGUGUAAAUACAUUAUUUCUUCAUUUUCAUAUUUUAUUUUUUGAAACUGGAUUGUUGCUCAGAUGGUUGAAUUUUUUUUCUUUCUGGUUCAGCUCUUGACGGGUGAGAUGGUCGACCAGUAGAGGACAACCAAUCAGCAGUGAUCUUGAAAGAUGCAAAGUUUCAUGCUGUCAAGGAAGCAGUUCCUACAUCUGACAAAUGUUUUAUGAACAAUUUUCCUCUCUGCUGCUCCACUCUCUGAUUGGAUCGUCCUUGAGGUCACAACUCUGGGAUAGUUUGGAGGCGGCAAAGACCACAAAUAAUGCUAAAUGCUAAUAAGCUUUUCAAAUCUUAAUUAGCAAAACAAUCUGCCAGCAGAGUGAGACACACAUGAAGAGACAGAGUCCCACUCUUGGUAGAUAAACUCCUUUUCUUUAUCAAACCUCCAUUUUCACAGCUACUUUCUGUGAGCAUCUUUUUGUAGUGUGCUCUUCAGCUUCUCUCACCACAUUCUAGGACAAACUGCCCCUCCUCCUGGAUUAAUGACUCAAACCUUUCAAGUUAUGAUGAAGUUGUUGUAAAAUAUAGCUCUGGAAAAAAACUCCAGGGCUCCUGGGUGGCUACUUGUGACGUUGUAUUUAACCAGUGAAAGAAAAGACUGUCCAGAAUCAAAUAAAAGUGAAAGUUUCUUUAACCAGC